CCAACUUUAUACCACACAUUUUUGACUUUCUAACCCUUCAUUCUUUUUUUUGUUUAGAAGGAAAUGGGCUUCUAUAGCAGAGAGAACAAGCAUUUGAAGGUAUUUAAAGAGCUGCAGAGAUGAAAAAUGAAGCCACAAAGCUUAAGGAUGUGCAGCUUGACUCUGACUAAUCACCAUAUCCUGGACCAUUUACCAUUGCUGUGUUUGGUAAGAGUGUCCAGUUGAAGAACACCAUUGGAAAAAGGAUCCUCAAUGAUGAUUGUCCUUUUAACAAUUCGUCCACCAACUUUGUCAUGGAAAUGAACAAUACUUUCAAAAUAAUAAAGACGCCUGACCUCUUUGAAAAAGAACAUCCGAACCCAGAUCAGCUGAUUAUUGACUUCCUGGCACACUGUCAUCCAUCCCCUGAUCUGUUCAUACUGGCCAUCGAUACAGAAAAUUCAGAGGAGGAAAAAGUUGUGGAUCAAAUCAAGCAACUUCAAGAAUUCUUUGGAGAAAAUUCCACAGAGCAUUUGGUCAUUCUGUUCGAGGACAUCAAACGACUCCCUUCGCACGAUCAUCUGAAGAAAAAGUUCAAAACCCGUUUGGCGACUGCCAAUGAAAACCUCUCCGUGGAAUGUAAGAAGUGGUGUUCAGACCGCCCACGCUUCGUAUAUGACUACAAGAACUACAGUGAAGAUGUUGUGAAGAGAAGAAAGGCAGCCCUAGAGAAGAUAAGUCAAAAUGGCGAUCCACUGGAUCAACAUGGGAGAAAAGGAGCCUAUCGCGUGACUCCGCCCACCUCACAAGACGCCUCGGCAGUAGCAGCACCCGGACAUCCCGUUGGUAACAGUGUCAGUGAGGCGGGAGAUGACAUAUUUAACAUUGUUCUGCUGGGACUAAGUGGGACGGGGAAGAGUGCAUCAGCAAACACCAUCCUUACUGCCCUCGGCACCAAAAAUGAAUCCAAACACCUUUUUAAAUCUGAGGCAAACUCCAUGAUGACAACAACCCGGUGUGAGGUCAAAUAUGUGAAGAACUCAUCAAGGGGAAGGGUGAGACUGGUCGACACUCCGGACUUCCUUGAUGACACCCUGGAAGACGCUCAGGCGCAGGUCGAUGAGUGCAAGAAGUACUGUCAGCGAGAGCAGUGCGUGGUGCUUCUCGUUGUGCAGGCGGGCCGGUUCACGGAGAGCGAGAGAGACAUUUUACCGAAGCUGGAGGACGUGUUGGGCUGGAAGAUCAGAGAGAAGACCAUUGUCCUGCUGACCCAUGGGGAGGAACUUGAAGAAAGUCUAGAUGAUUACGUGAGAGCACAGGCGGGCCUUUUGAACCUCGUUGAACAGUGUGGUGGUCGUUAUCACCGUUUCAACAACAAGUCCAAGAAAAAUAAGCAAGUCAGAAAGCUCAUCAAGAAAAUUCCAAACUAUGAACACAGUUCUCAAUUUUAAGACACAAAUGAUCAUUGCAUAUUACUUUAGCCUGUAUGCGCUGAUCAAUGCACUACACAUGUGCAAAUAAAAGGCCUAUAAACAGAUGUAGAAAUGUAUUUAACUUCUUCAAGUUUCUUUCAAUUGUGCUUUAUUAUUAUUAUUAUGAAUUAUUUCACAAGUAUAUUACAUUAUGCUGGUAGUGGUCACUGCUACUGCUAAUUGUCUAACUUGCAGCAAUAUGAAAAUAUAAAUAUGCCGAUAAGCAUAUAGGAAAUCUAACAUUGUCUUCUCUGUAUUGUCUUAAUUGUAUUGGUUUAAAAUUGCUACAUUUCUCUUUUUUCUGUUUUCACAAAGUCAUUUUGGGCUCGCUAGAACGGCUUGCUUAGCUUGUCAAUUAGCUUCUGAAAGCAUCAGUUUGUGCAAGAUGAAACUUUCCACUACCUACCUACCUAAAUACAGCAGAGAGGAUGAAUAUAUAAUAUAAAUAUAGCAUUAAACACAUUAUUUUUUUAAGUUAUCGUGUGUGUGUGUGUGUGUGCAUCAUUGUUUAGUCUUUAAGUUGAUUCAAAGCUGUUUCACAGCUGCCUUUAAAAAUAUUUCACAAUCAGGAGAAAACAAGAUCUGUUCAGCAAGAUGUUUAACGUCAGUUAGGCAAAGAUUUAAACCAGUCCAUUACUUCUUCUGCAAAGUUCCAGUUCAGCAUCAAACUUUAAUUCCUCCAGCUUGACCAAAGUUUUUGGUGGCAGCGUUGCUUCACCUUUUCAGUCACUUCAGUGUAUUUAACAUUUUUUUUAACCGCCAAAAGACUGUUACGACCAGCUCGGAAGCCGCAACAUAAAGAUGGACACCAAGGUAGCGCCCCCCCCCAAGGAGACAGUUUAUUUCAACACAGGACCAGCAUAAGGUGCAACUCAAACUCAAGACCAGGAUCUAGUGGCAGGCAGAUGAGAGAGAGAUGGUGAAACAAGGAGGCGCUUAUAUAGGUGAAGUCCACACCUUCAUCCAGGUGCCCUCAAUGACUCAUCAGGGAGCUGCACCCAUGACUCACAGACAUCGAAUACACACAUGUGCACACAGACACGCAUUCACAGCAGGACAUUGCAUUAGACGUAACAAGACCCAGACACAUUUUCUCUCUCAGCUCCUCCUGUCCAGAAUGAGCAUUCACCUCUGCCAAAGUUUGAACAGUGUUUCAAUAUUUCAUGUAAUAGAUUCAUGAAUCUUUUCUCUGUGGAAUAGCAGCUGGGGCUCAGUUUAACCGACUUCAUUAAUCAGAGAUUACCAACACAAGUUGAGUUUUGUGUGGCCUAAAAAAGAAAGACUCUUCUCCCAAACAACUUUUGCUCACAUCGUCCUGCACUUGAUGUUAUAGAUGAACAAUAAACACAUAUUCGGGGUCUUGAGAUGUCUAGUCUGGUAUUUGAGUGACUUACUCGUGUUCCUAUUCAGAGGUUGGACCUGUUACUUGUGU